UUUUACCCCCCCUUUCUAAUUUAGCCAAAGGUGUGGCAGUUCACCAGAGGGAAGUGUGUGAACAACAUCCCAAAGAAGCUGACAUGAGCUUGGAGCGGCUCGCUGAGCAAGCUGGAGAUGGCCCUUUGGAUCUCAAUCACCCAUUUUAUGAUGUUGCUCGGCAUGGGAUAGUCCAAGUGGCAGGUGAUGAUAAUUACGGCAGGAAGCUGGUCAUCUUUAGCUGCUGCAGGAUGCCUCCGUCCCACCAACUAAACCACCAGAAGCUCCUCGAAUACCUGAAGUAUACGUUGGAUCAGUAUGUAGAGAGCGACUACAUUCUGGUUUACUUCCACCACGGCUUGAAGAGCUUCAACAAGCCAUCUUUAAGCUGGCUACAGAAUGCGUACAAGGAAUUCGACAGAAAAUACAAGAAAAAUCUCAAAGCCCUCUACGUCGUACAUCCGACAAACUUUAUCCGAGUUCUCUGGAAUAUUUUUAAGCCACUUAUAAGUCGUAAAUUUGGAAAGAAAGUCACUUAUGUGAAUUACCUGAGCGAACUAAGGGAACAUCUCAACUGCGAUCAACUCAUUAUUGCCCCAGAAGUGAUCAGCCUCCGAGACAAAGGGAACGGAGAAACGAUUCCUCUGGUCAUGAGACAGACGGUGCAGUUCCUGAAACAGAAUGCACUUCAAACGGAAGGAAUAUUCAGGAGAUCGGCCAACAUCCAGAUCAUUAAGGAAAUCCAGAAACAAUAUAAUCUGGGAAAACUCAUUAAGUUUGAAGAAUAUGGAGAUGAACAUGUUCCUGCUGUAAUCUUAAAAACCUUCCUGCGAGAACUCCCGGAGCCAAUCCUCACCUCUCAGAUUUACGAUCACGUCCAGAGUAUUGGAACUGUUGAAAGCAGUUUACGUGUGACUCGCUGCAAGCAACUAAUGCAGAGACUUCCUGAGCAUAACUACAUCGUGGUGAAGCACCUGAUAUGCUUCCUCAACAUGGUAUCCCAGCAGAGCAUUUUCAAUAAAAUGAACCCCUCAAACUUGGCUUCGGUCUUUGGAGUGAACCUUAUCUGGCCCCCGAAAGGACCUGUAACACUGCAAGCCCUUCCCCCGAUAAACAUGUUUACUGAGCUGAUCAUCGAAUACUACGACCAAGUCUUCAGCUCCAGGAUUCUGCCUAAUGAGAUAUUGCCAUAAAUGCGUUUUGGAAGCGACGCAUAACCUUGAUUCUAUCGUUAGGCUCUCCAGACACCAAUAUGGAAAGAUUUAAUCUCAUGAGCCAAGAAUAAUCAGUCGUUUGGUAGGAAUAUUUUUUACUUUGGAGGUGGCAGAGGAGAAACUUUCAAUUCAACAGACCAGACUUGCUUCAGUGUUAAAAUGAAUCCAGUGUUCAAAUGAAUGCAGCCAACUUGAAAUUUAUGUAUAAGGAAGAGGAGUUUACAUUUUCAUCCAUUUAAAACAAGAAAUUUAGCACCUACGCCUCUGCCUAGUUUUUUAUUAAUAUCAGCAAAUGAUCAUUUUUUUCAAAGAUGUUUUUGAUAGUUUUUUCUGUCUAGAAUCGGUUGAGUUCCAUGUUUGCUACUGAUACAAACGGUAGCAAUUAAAUAUAAAUGUUAUUCAGCAUUAUUGUUUGAGAUACGGUUCGCACCAUUCAAGCCAAGAGUGUUGAUACUGGCGAGGAGUCUUCACUGGUUCCUUCUCCCCCAAGGGAGCAGAGAAUGGUUAAUUCAAGGGACAACGAUGACAAACCAAUGUGGCCUAAAAUCCUUGUGACUUUAUUUCCAUCUUAAAUGUACUGAGCUUAUGCCCUGCAUUUGGAAAGAAUUAAAUGCUAUAUAAACAUAAGCUCUUUUAUGCUUUUUUGUUAUUAAAAUUAAGAAACGUGCCAGAUCCUAAGCUGAAUUUUCUGUAUUUAUAUUAAAAAUGUUUAACAAUUAGGUCUGCAAUAUUCUGUAAUUUACUGUUUUUCCAAAACUUCAUGUUUAGUGUUUAGUUUCUUGUAUUCAAUGAGGUUCUGUAACGAAGGCCAAUUGGCUCGACUGGUCUCUGAUGCGUUGUGUUCUCUACACCCUCAAUAAACUGAUUUGCGAUUUAAA